AUGAGUAAAGUCAGUGUUGAUGUGAAGGCGGACGCAAGUUCAGCUGUAAAUGCUCCCGUGCUCACUGGAAACACUAUCACAGGACCCGUGACCAUCAUCUGCGGCUCAAACACUGCAGAGCAGCAAAACUCCACAGAGAAGCUCACACAAGAACAAGAGACUUUAGGACUGCAAGAGUUUUUGAGAAGUCAUAAGAUCUACAUGAAGGAGAAUUCAAAACGUAUUUUUGAGGGUAUGAAGGAGAAUGAAGUCAAUCUGAACGAGAUUUACACAGAUGUGUUCAUCACAGAGGGAGAUAUGAAAGAAGUCAACCGUGAACGUGAGAUUCUGAAGAUUGAUGAUGCCUUCAAAAACACAACCAAGACAUCACAGGACAAACACAUCAAAUGCAAUGAGAUAUUUCAGUCACUGAAAGACAAGAAGAAGAUUAUUCUGACCAAAGGCAUCGCUGGAAUUGGUAAAACAGUGUCCGUGCAGAAGAUCAUUCUGGAUUGGGCCGAGGGAACAGCCAAUCAGGACAUAGACGCCAUGUUUCUGUUUCCAUUCAGCGAGAUGAACCAGAUUAAAGACAAACACAUCAGUUUUCAUGAGUUUCUGCUGAAAUUUUAUCCUGAAAUAAAGAAACUGGAGAAAACAACUGUAAUAGAGUUAACAGAGAAAUAUAAUGUGGCGUUUAUCUUUGAUGGAUUUGAUGAGAGUCGCCUGAAUUUGGAUUUUAAAAGCAGAAAACUGAGUGUUGAGGAAAGAUCAUCUGUAGAUGAAAUGAUUAUAAAUCUGAUCAGAGGAGAUCUGCUUCCAUCAUCUUUCAUCUGGAUCACAUCAAGACCAGCAGCAGCCAAUCAGAUUCCUUCUAAGUUUGUAGGUUUGUUCACUGAGGUGAGAGGAUUCACAGACCAGCAGAAAGAGGAAUACUUCAGAAAGAGAAUCAAAGAUAAGAGUCAAGCUGAUGAAAUGAUCAAACACAUAAAGAGAUCUCGUAGUCUCUACAUCAUGUGUCACAUCCCCGUCUUCUGUUGGAUCACAGCUACAGUACUUCAUGACAUUCUCAUCCAGAACAAUGAAGAAAACAUUGACACGACGCUCACUGAGAUGUACAUUCACUUUCUGCUUAUUCAGAUGAACAUGAAGAACCAGAAGUAUAAUGAGAAAGAUGAAGAAGACUAUAUAAAGCUCUUAGAAUCCAAUAAAACCACCAUUCUGAAGUUGGCCAAGCUGGCGUUUGAGCAGAUGAAGAAAGAGAACAUCAUCUUCUAUGAGGAAGAUCUUAAAGAAUGUGAUAUUGAUAUGAGUGAAGAUUCAGAGUUCUCAGGAAUGAUCGCUGAGAUUUUUAAGAAAGAAUCUGUUCUUCACAAGACAAAAGUCUUCAGCUUUAUUCAUCUGAGCGUUCAAGAGUUUCUGGCCGCGCUGCACGUCUUCAUCUGCUACAUGACCAACAACAUGAAGGACCUUGAGUUUUUCAUCACACCUGAACAAGACACAAAGAUUUCUCUUCAUGACAUUCUGAAGAAGGCCAUUGAUAAAGCCUUGGAGAGUGAGAGAGGACAUCUGGAUCUGUUUUUACGCUUUCUGAUGGGCCUUUCACUGGAGUCUAGUCAGAAGCUUCUCAAAGGUCUGCUCACACGCACUGAAGACACCAGAGACAGCAUCACAAAAACAACUCAAUACAUUCAACAGUUACAGGACCAGAGGAUCUCAGAUGAAGCUUCAGUGAACCUGUUUUACUGUCUACUGGAGCUGAAGGAUCAGUCAUUAUACCAGAGAAUCCAGAAAUACUUACAUCCAGAUGAUUCAGAUUCAGUCAUAAAGCUCUCAGAUUCAAUGUGUACACUGAUGAUCUAUGUUAUGCUCAUGUCAGAGAACGUGCUGGAUGAGUUCAACAUGAACAGAUAUGAUGUACGGGAUAAGAAGAGGCUCGUUCCAGCUGUGAGAUGUUGUAGAAGAGUGCUAUUUGUUGGGUGUGGUCUGACUGCUGAGUCCUGUGAAGUUGUGUCUUCAGCUCUUCAGUCCUCUGAGUGUCCUCUGAUAGAGCUGGACCUGAGUAACAAUGAUCUGGAGGAUUCAGGAGUGAAGCUGAUCUUUGAUGCUCUCAAUACUCACAACUGUCAACUACACACACUGAGAUUGUCGUUGUGUAAUGUGACAGAAGAGUCUUGUGUAAGUUUGUCUUCAUGUCUACAAUCAUCAUCGUCUCUGAAAGAGCUGGACCUGAGUAACAAUGAUCUGAAGGAUUCAGGAGUGAAGCUGAUCUCUGAUGCUCUCAAGACUCACAACUGUCAACUACACACACUGAGGUUGUCAGGUUGUAUGGUGACAGAUGAAGGUUGUUGUUCUUUGGCUUCACCUCUGAGUUCACAGUCGUCACACCUGAGAGAGCUGGAUCUGAGCUACAAUCACCCACAACACACAACACAACAGCUGCUCUCUCACACACUCAAUGAUCCAAACUACACAAUCAAUGUGAGUCAUGGAGGAGAGAGAAGAAUUACAGCAGGUCUACAUAAGUAUGCGGUUGAUACACUGGAUCUAAACACAGCACACUAUAGACUCAAAGUGUCUGAAGAGAACAGAAAGAUCACACUUGUGGAAGAGCUUCAGUCGUAUCCUGAUCAUCCAGACAGAUUUAUUCCUGGUGUGUGGUGUCGUCAGUUGUUGUGUAGAGAGAGUCUGACUGGACGCUGUUACUGGGAGACUGAAUGGAGCGGAUCAGGUGUUUAUAUAUCAGUGUCAUAUAAAAGCAUUGAGAGGAAAGUGAGGAUUGACAGUUGGUUUGGAUGGAAUGAAAAAUCAUGGAGUCUGUGGUGCUCUAAUAACACAUUCACUGCACUUCACAAUAAUAAUCCUACACUCAUUAGUGUCUCUCCAGGUGUGUGUAAGAGAGCAGGUGUGUAUGUGGACCAGUUUGCCGGCACUCUGUCCUUCUACAGCAUCUCUGACACAAACACACUCACACACUUACACACAUACUACACAACAUUCACUGAGACUCUCUGUGCUGGAUUUAGAGUGGAUGAUUAUAACUCCUCAGUGCGUCUGUGUGACAUGAACACCUCUAUAGAGCCUCCUGUUAAACACUAG